AUGACGAAGGAGACUGAGGAGCAGUUAUUCUUUCACCAUAUCAGAGUUAACCUAUCCAAUGAUGUUAAUGAUAACUUUGUCAGUUUACCAGGGUCAGUUGUGCAGACAUUGGAAGCCACAGGGAUACCCAUUCAGGAAUUUGGAAUUUCCAUACUACUCAACGGUGAAGAAAAAUUACACGUGGGUUGGAACGGCUACGAUUCACAAGGAUAUCUCAAUGGACAGUCCACGAUUGAUAUCAAUCCUAUCCUAGCAAAAGAGGCAAAUCUAACAAGCGGAGUUCAGGUUAGUUUGGCAAUAAAACGAUUGGAUCAGCGGCAUAUAGCCCAGGAAGUUUUCGUAGAACCUUUGACAAGCGAUGAUUGGGAAAUAAUUGAGAGCCAUGCAACGUUUUUUCAAGACGAAAUUUUACAUCAAACAAGGAUAGUUACACUAAGUGAAGCUUUGAUAUGUUACGUGGAUAAUGUUGUAUCAAGAUUUGUAAUAAAAAAAAUAGUUCCACACCAUUUAAAGUCAGCUAGAAUCGAUAGAGGAUCUUUGGUUGUGGUUGCUCCCAGAGAGAACCUGAAAAGAGCCCAAAAGAAUCACAUGAAUACAGAACGAAGGCGUAGUAUGGCAAACAGAGAGACCAAUCCAAUAAACUGGCAUGUAAAAAGGUCGCUAUACCCCCGUGAAACGAAUAAAAUAACAGGCCUGAGGAUUUUACUGAAUUCCGAAGAAAUACACUCAAGAUAUGCAUGCUUAUCCAUUUUACAAAAUUCAAUUGAGUUCAAGAAGUCUGCGAAGCAGGAAAAACCUGCUAAAAAUUUGCAAAAAUUAAUAGUAGAGGUCCAAUCGGGAGAAGUCCCCCGAGAUCAUAUUGAUAUGGCCCCAUUAGUCUGGAGUGCUCUAUCUUUUGAACCUGGAAAUGGCACUAGAAUUAAUGUUGAUUUCAUCAUGGAUGAAUCUUCUUUUGCAACUGGUAAAGCUAUAAAAGUCACUCUGCGACCUGUGCUAAACGAACAAGAAUAUUCGAAAAAAAUUGAGCAGCAUUUAGUUGAUGAUAAAUAUAAAGCUAACGAUCGCCCUCCUAGUAAUAUUUCAGACUUGAUGCGAUCGUUUGACAAUACUGUCCUAACCAACAAAACAAUUUUUCACAAUGAAAAGGUGCUGCUAGAAAUCAUAGACGAUAAUAGCGGUAAGUACUUACCCUCAGCUAGGUUUGAUUGGAUGUCUACUGAUUGGAGGUACUUGGCACACGAUUUUGUGAAAGGUCCAGCGUUGACUUCUUUUCACGCAUCUGAUGAGUGCACAAACAUCGGAAGACUGCUGGAUUCGAAAAUUUUGGAGGGAAAUGACAUAACUGAAAAAGUUUCUGCGUUUUCAGCAAUUCCAUCAACACCAUCGAAUUGUGUACUUAUCGAGGGUGGUCCUGGAAUGGGAAAAACAACUAUUUUGGAAGAACUUUCAAAGGUGCUUACUCUCGAACAAAAAAAGUAUGUAAAAUAUGUGGAUUGUGAUACCUUGUUGGAAAGCUCUAAUCUGGGUAAAAUGAAACAACUUUUACAAGAGUGGUGUUCUAUAUGUUAUUGGCGUCACCCAUCGGUUCUUUUGCUCGACAAUGCUGAGAGCUUAUUUCCUAGUGUAAAGUCAGAGGAUCCUCAGCAGCAAGCUAUUAUGCAAAGAGGUGGAGCUAGUUCCACAAGACUUGCUCUACAUCUGAUCAAUACAGUCCAAGGAAUCUUCGGGAAGAACUCGGCUGCCGUUAAGGUUAUAAUGACGACUGAGAAUAAAAGCUCACUUAACAAUGCAUUAUUUGAUAAGCACUUUGUGUGUGAGAUAUUCAAACGUAAAUCACCGGAUGUCGAAGAAAGGUCAAGAUUUAUAGAGUUUUUUUUCAAAAAUGAUUACAAUCGCAUGUCUAUAGAUGGAGAUCUGGGCUACAGAGAUAUUGCGCUUGAAACAGAAGGUUAUUCACCGCUAGAUUUGAAAAUUUUAAUAGAAAAGCUUUUCUAUGAGGGGUUUUUGAGGCCAAAUCACACAGUCUCACAACCAAAAAUAAAUAGGGAAGCGUUUCUUACCAUUAUAAAGAGCUUUACACCAUCUGCGUUACGGGGCGUUAAACUCACCAAAAGCACAGGAGUAUCAUGGAAAGACAUUGGUGCAUUAAAGGGUCCCAAGAGACUUCUUCUGGAAACAUUAGAAUGGCCAACAAAAUAUGCUCCCAUUUUCCAAAAUUCUCCACUUCAAUUAAGGUCGGGAAUACUGCUAUAUGGAUACCCUGGGUGCGGUAAAACACUUCUAGCUAGUGCAGUAGCACAACAGUGUGGAUUGAACUUCAUCACUGUGAAAGGCCCGGAAGUUUUAAAUAAAUACAUUGGUGCCAGUGAACAAAAUAUACGAGAUCUAUUCGAACGUGCUCAGUCGGUGAAACCAUGUAUUUUAUUCUUUGACGAAUUUGAUUCCAUUGCUCCCAAAAGAGGCCAUGAUUCUACAGGUGUUACAGAUCGUAUUGUAAACCAACUACUGACUCAAAUGGAUGGUGUAGAAGGCCUAGAUGGCGUAUACGUAUUGGCUGCUACCAGUAGACCUGAUCUAAUUGACCCUGCUCUCUUGAGGCCAGGAAGAAUUGAUAGAUGCGUGCUAUGCAACAUUCCAGAUGAAAACGACCGGUAUGAAAUCCUAAAAGCUGUAACUAUUAGCGGUAAAAUGAAUGUUGACCAGAAUACAGAUCUCAGAACGGUUGCAAAGAAAACACAAGGUUACUCAGGAGCCGAUAUCCAAGGACUGUGCUAUAACGCCUACCUGAAAUCGAUUCAUAGACACACAUCGGCUGACCAAAACCUGCAUGACGAACAGAAUAAGCAGAAAUUUAAGCCGGAGCAUCGUUACAAAAGCCUUAGCAGAAUCGAUUAUACCAUUGUAAACGAAGGCCCAUCCGGUUUGUCUGAUGACGAAAAGCUUCGAAUCAUCUCGCAUUGCAUAGACGGUGAUCCCCAUCAGAGCCAGGCACCUUUUGAAUGCGAGCAAACUGUUCCAGAUAAUGGAGAUUUGCCUGUCACCAUAAUAGUGACAACGGAGGACCUACUUGAAGCUUGCAAGGAAACAAAACCAAGUAUAACAACCAGUGAAUUCUAUAAAUUGCAAUUGAUAUACAGCACGUUCCAAGACGAUAGAGACGGCAAUAUGCCAACUGCAGAAAAUGCCAACGACGUAGGAACAAGAGCCUCAUUGAUGUGA